GGCGGACGGACCUGUCCGCUGGUGUCACUGUCAGCUCAGGGAGGAGAAAGGGGUGGCAGCAAGGUCGCAGGGCGCAGGGCGCCGCUCGGCGCUGCCCACGCCCAGGUCCCCGCAGUGCUGUCCGGGGGCGGGCAGCGGGCAACCAGCGCUCACUCUCCCCGCCCGCCCGGGCCCGGAGGAGCCACGCUCCGGGCCCUGUAGAGCGGAGGCCGGCGUCCCGGGCUGGGAGGCCUGGGCAGCGCGGAGGCGGCAGGCGCAGGAGUCGGGCGGGGGCGGCUCCCAUGAAGCAUACGCGUGGCGGCUCAGUCCCCAGGCCCAGGUGAGACAGCACCAUGGGGCAGGCGGGCUGCAAGGGGCUCUAUCAGUCGCUGUUCGACUACAAGACCGAGAAGUAUGUCAUCGCCAAGAACAAGAAGGUGGGCCUGCUCUACCGGCUGCUGCAGGUCUCCAUCCUGACCUACCUGGUGGUGUGGGUGUUCCUGUUGAAGAAGGGUUACCAAGACACGGACACCUCCCUGCAGAGCAGCAUCAUCACCAAAGUCAAGGGUGUGACCUUCACCAACACUUCGGAGCUGGGGGAGCGGCUCUGGGAUGUUGCUGACUAUGUCAUCCCCCCCCAGGGAGAGAAUGUCUUCUUCGUCAUCACCAACCUGAUCGUGACCCCCAACCAGCGGCAGGAAACCUGUGCAGAGAGCGACAGCAUUUCCGACGCCUUGUGCUAUGAGGACAGCGACUGCCCUCCUGGGAAGCCUGUCAUGACUGGAAAUGGAGUGAGGACUGGCCGCUGCCUGCGGGCGGAGAACCUGACAAGGGGAACCUGUGAAAUCUUCGCCUGGUGCCCAGUGGAGACAAAGUCCAGGCCAGAGAAGCCACUCCUGGGCAAGGCUGAAGACUUUACCAUUUACAUAAAGAACUUCAUUCGUUUUCCCAAAUUCAACUUCUUCAAGACCAAUGUGCUGGACACCAAAGACCUGAAGUACCUGAAGUCCUGUCACUUUGGCCCCAAGGACCCCUACUGCCCCAUCUUCCGACUGGGAUCUGUGGUCAAGUGGACGGGAAGCAACUUCCAGGAGAUAGCGCUGCAGGGUGGUGUGAUAGGGAUCCAGAUCGAGUGGGACUGCGACCUUGACAAAGCCCCUUCUGAAUGCAACCCUCGCUAUUAUUUCAGCCGCCUGGACAGCAGAUUUCCAGGGAACUCUGUCUCUUCCGGGUAUAACUUCAGGUUUGCCAAAUAUUACCGUGAUGGAGCUGGGGUGGAGUUCCGUACCCUGAUGAAAGCCUACGGGAUCCGCUUUGAUGUCAUGGUGAAUGGCAGGGCAGGGAAGUUCAGCAUCAUCCCCACAGUCAUCAAUGUGGGCUCGGGGGUGGCACUCAUGGGUGUUGGGUCUUUCCUCUGUGACCUGGUACUCAUCUACCUCAUCAAAAAGAGCCACUUUUACCGCAACAAGAAAUUCGAGGAAGUAAGAUCUGGCCACCCGGUGGUGGUGAACGGAAAGGCGAAUGUGGAGCAGCUGCAGAACCUGCAGACAGUGGAGGCAUAGCCAGAGACAUGGGCUGAGAGUGGAUUUGGUGAAGACGUCGGGGUAGACUCUGGCAGCUCUGAACUGGAACAGCUCCAAACUGGAACGGCCUCCUGUCUGUGCCUGUGUGGGACCGGGGCUUCCAGACACUACCACCUCUCCUGCAUGUUCGGAUCUUCCUGCAAGCUUUUUGUUGUGUGUGUGGGGAGGGGAGCCUCCCAGUGGCCAGCGUGGCUCAGAUCUAGAAGAGGAGACCCUGGAGAGGGAAGGGGGCCGGCCAGGGUGUCACUGAUAUAAGAGCAUUUUCAUUUUUUCUGAGAACCUAGCUGGACAUUCAUUCACUCAAUAUUCAUACAUGCAGUAAACAUUUUUUUGCUGUGGGCUGGGCCCUGUCUAAGAGAUUCUCAAAAGAGACGCUGACCUGGCCUCCAGGGAGGGGCACACACUUGUCAUUCCUUUCAGAGACAACCGACAUCACAGACAGGCUCAGCCACUCGGGCCUUCCUCCAGCCUCUAGGUGAGACUUGCACAAAUUCCUGUAGAACACGAUGGCUCCUCAGAGAAAGACCUCUGCCUCCAGGGAUUCAGUUUAAACGUGGCCAAGGGGGGGCAACCAGGAGAGGACUAAACACUUCAGGAGGCAGCUGGCCCUUGAGGGGACAGGCAGCCUCUGAAGGCUUCUGGGUAAGGUAGGGAAGGGGAGGCAGGGGCCUCUGCUCCAGCCUGGGGAGGCUCUGGGCACAGCAGCUCAUCCACAUGGGUGAUCGUUGCCUGUGAUUUGGCUCUGGCUGUUCUGUGGGGUUGGGUGUCUCUGCCCAGCUUUCCUCCCUCUCUCCUCAAAGGCUGGCUGGGUUUGCAGGGCUAAUGACAUGGUGCUCACUCGGCAGGUGGAAACCCUUACCAGGGGUCCCUCCACCUCACCCCUGCCCCUUGUCCCCCCCGCCCCUCCACCACAGCUGCACCCUGCAGAACUCUGCUGCUUCCCUCACCUGAUGGCUGUAGAGCUUCAUUAUCCAAAGUGUGGUCCCUGGACCGGCCGAAUCACGUCACCUGGGAGCUUGUUAGACGGGCAGUCUCCGGUCCCUCCCUUUCUCCUAAGUCGGAACCUGUGUUUCAACAAUGCUCCCCAGUCGUUCACGUGCCCUGUACAUUUUGAGAGGCUCUGGUUGAGGAGAGCUGCGAAGCCCGGUUCUGAGGGAGCAAAGAGCCAGCUUCGGUGGGUGGUGCUGAUUUCUAGGUCAGAGUCACACACAUUCUACCUGGAGGCUGGCAGGAUUGCCCCUCCCUGCUCGAGGGAAAGGAGCAUCACAAUCCAUUUAAAUUCAAGUGUUUGAACUAGAUUAUACAUGAUUCAAAAUCUGAAAGGUACAAAAGAAUAGAGUGGACGCUUCCCUCCCAGCCCUGUUCUCAAGGCAACCUGAGUUUCCAGUUCAAAGAGGCUCCCUUGUUUUCAAGCAGAGAAUGCACUUGGUCCCUUGUGUCCUCCCUCAGGAAAUGAGCGUUCCCUCACACGUGCAGCGUCAGGCCUCGGCUCCUCUGUCAGGGAGGAACACGGAGCAGCUUCAAUACCGUGCUGGGAGGCAGCUGGUGCGCUUCCCCUCUCCCAGGUCUGAGAAGCCCCUGUGCAAACUGAAGGGGAGAUGCCGAGAACUCAUCACCGCGCGGCAGCAAAGGCCACCAGGGCUGUGUUCGCACGGCCGCAGGCCCCUAGGCCGCGUCCUCUUUGGAAGUGAUCUCUGGGCCUCCCUCCUGUUUUGGGGGGUGGGGCUGGCUCUUCUCUGCACACAGAGGAGAAGGUAAGCUUCCUUCUUGUGGGGCCUUUGGAGAGGGUCAGCAGGGUCUGAACGAAGGUUUCUGGAGCAAGCAGCUCCCUCCCUCUGGGCUGCCGGGUAACCAGUCCGCAAGCCCACCUGCUCUCUGCGUGGAAGGUGAACAACCUGGGCCAUCCAUGACGGUGCUUUGCUUCAUCACUAAAGCAAACCCUUGGACAGAGUACUGCAGCACGUUUUAUGUUUGGGAGGAAGUGAAAAAGGUCAAGCUGCUCAGGAAGUUGUCUGGUUGCUCUUAACCUGUUUUUGGAAUUGCCUGCCAACAGCCAUAAAACCUAAAAACAGUUGUGCUAUUUAUUUUACAUUGGAAUGAAAUGUCUUCCUACACUAUUCAG